AUGGAGUCACGCGUGCUGCUACGCGCCACAGUCACCGGAUUACCGCAACUGAGACGACCGAUCGGAGCGAUCCACCGGCAACUCAACACUGCGUCGUCAUCCAUCACAGCUUUUUCUAAGCCGGUUGGAGCAAUCGGAGAGGGAGAAAACCUGAUCUCUGGUCGUCAGCUCCGUCCAAUCCUCCUCCUCGAUAGUUCGCCUGAAAAGAGAGAGAUUCUCAAGCCGGUUAGAGCCACCGCUGCCCAAGGUGGUGAUUCAGCUGGGGAGACGAAAAUUGGAUUCCUCGGGAAGUAUCCAUGGCUUGUCACCGGAUUCUUCUUCUUCAUGUGGUACGUGUAUUUCUUGAACGUGAUUUUCAACAUCCUUAACAAGAAGAUCUAUAAUUACUUCCCCUAUCCCUAUUUUGUUUCAGCUGUUCACUUGUUCGUUGGAGUUGUCUACUGUUUGGCGAGCUGGUCCGUGGGCCUUCCUAAACGUGCCCCAAUUGACUCGAACCUCCUCAAGGUAUUGAUCCCAGUUGCAGUCUGUCACGCCAUAGGCCACAUCACUAGCAACGUUUCCUUCGCUGCCGUCGCUGUCUCCUUCACUCACACCAUCAAAGCGCUCGAGCCAUUCUUCAAUGCGUCUGCUUCUCAGUUCCUUCUUGGACAGUCAAUCCCCAUAACACUAUGGUUGUCCUUAGCUCCAGUUGUUCUCGGAGUUGCAAUGGCUUCUCUAACUGAGUUAUCAUUCAACUGGCUUGGAUUCAUCAGUGCGAUGAUAUCAAACAUCUCCUUCACUUACAGAAGCAUCUUCUCCAAGAAAGCCAUGACUGAUAUGGACAGUACAAAUGUAUACGCUUACAUCUCCAUCAUCGCUCUCAUCGUCUGCAUUCCUCCUGCCAUCAUCGUUGAAGGGCCUCAACUGUUGAAACAUGGUUUCAGUGACGCGAUUGCUAAAGUGGGAAUGACUAAGUUCAUCUCUGAUCUUUUUUGGGUUGGAAUGUUUUACCAUCUCUAUAAUCAGUUGGCUACUAAUACCUUGGAGAGGGUUGCACCAUUGACUCAUGCUGUUGGAAACGUACUGAAACGUGUGUUUGUGAUCGGGUUCUCCAUCGUCAUCUUCGGAAACAAGAUAUCGACGCAGACAGGUAUCGGAACUGGAAUAGCUAUUGCUGGAGUUGCACUCUACUCUAUCAUUAAGGCCAAGAUCGAAGAAGAUAAAAAGAAAGGAAAGACGGCGUAGAGAGCGGCGGUCAACGGUGGCAUAAACAACUCUUCCGGUGGUUAAUAUAUUUAUAUAAAGAACCAAAAUGCAAUAGUAUGUUGUAUGGUACAAUCAACCAUUGUUUUCGAGUUUGUCAUCUUUUUUUUUUUUUUUUUCUCAAGAUCAACUAUUUCAUUCACCAAUAUACAGGGUCGACCCUGAGAUUUAAAGGGUCAGCCCUGAGAUUUCGAGGGUCGGCUAUGAGAUUUCGAAAGCCUGAGACGAUAUUUUAACGAUUUCA